AUGCCGGGUUCUUGUUUGCGGAGGAGUCGUAGCACACCCAGGGUAGGAGUCAGGGCAGAGGCUUCUAUUGAGAGAUACAGUGGAAUCCUUCCUGCCUGGCACGGUGAGGAGCUCAGCGGCUUCUGCGAGGAUGACGGGGCGGCGCUGUGCUGGGUGUGCGACUCCAGCCCCGAGCACCGAGGCCACCGCACGGCGCCGCUGCAGGAGGCCGCCCGGGACUACCAGGCAAAACUCCAGAUGGCCCUAGAGCUCAUGAGGAAAGAGAUGGAGGAGGUCUUGUCUCAGGAGACCCAUGUGGGGAAGAAAACUGUCAUUUGGAAGAAGGUGGAGGUGCAGAGGCAGCACUUCAAGUUGGAGUAUGAGAAGUCCCGCGGCUUCCUGGCCCGGGAGGAGCGGCUGCAGCUGAGGCGGCUGGAGGAGGAGGAACGAGCCACCCUGCAUGGACUUCGGGAGGGCAGGGCCCGGCUGGCCCAGCAGGGCAGGGCCCUGAAGGAGUUGGCCGAAGAGCUGGAGGAGAGGUGCCAGCGUCCCGCCGCGGCUCUGCUGGAGGGGGUGAGAGAAGUCCUGAGGAGAAGUAAGGAUGUCCUGCAUCUGGAUCUGGAGACCGUCCCCAUGGAGCUGAAGACAGUGUGCCGCAUCCCCGGGAUGUGGGAGAUGCUGAGGAAGUUCCAAGUUGAUGUAAAGCUGGACCCGUCCACAGCACAUCCGAGCCUCCUCCUGACCACCAACCUGCGCAGCGUGCAGGACACAGAGCUCUGGAGAGACGUCCCCAACAAUGUGGAGUGAUUUGACACAUGGCCUUGUGUGCUGGGCUUGCAGGACUUCUCAUCAGGGAGGCAUUACUGGGAAGUCGUGGUUGGAGAAAGAGCAGAGUGGGGUCUAGGCGUCUGUCAAGACACAGUGUCAAGGAAGGGGGAGAACACUCCGUCCCCGGAGAAGGGGGUAUGGGCCGUGUGGCUCCUGAAAGAGAGUGAGUACAUGGUCCUCACCUCCCCAUCGGUGCCUCUCCACCCAGAGCAGCCUCGCAGGGUUGGGAUUUUCUUGGACUAUGAAGCAGGCGAAAUCUCCUUUUACAAUGUCACCAACGGGUCCUACAUCUACACAUUCAGCCAACUGCUCUCCGGUCUUCUCCGACCUUACUUCUUCAUCUGUGACAUAAUUCCUCUCACUCUACCACCUGUGACAGAGGCAGAGGCAGGAGAUCCGGCAUUCAGUAGUCGUCUUGUCCAUGCUAUUAACGUCAGUCCUGAAUAUUCCUAAAAUCCUCUUCCUGAGCAUGCUAAGCCUGGCAAUGGUGCCGGUGGUGGAGUGGAGCCUCCGGGGACGCCUCCACUCAGAGCAGCACUUUGAUCCUUAUUGCUGUGCAACUGUUCCCACUGGGACCAAGCAGAAAAUACGAAAUCCUCGCAUAUAGAGGGACAUCGUGGAACAUGAUGAUUUUAGAAAUGGAGGAAUCUCAUCAGCCUUUUUCCAGAUGGCUCCACACAUUUUCUUGAGAGUUCCUUCAAAUGAAUCAACCCUGGAUUAAACAAGGAUUUCAGGACAUCCAUUAUCAUUUCUUAUUCCCUUUAAGAUGCUUUUGUUCUGAGUCUUUCAUAUAUUAUGAUAUGGAAAUGAAAAUUCUUGAGUUGGUCCAGAACA